CGGGGGGUUUGCGCAGAUCCCUGCCCUGGAAUGCACAGCCAUUCUCCAGUGUUCAGAAACCCCGCGGGAAGAAACGCUCGCUGGAGGAGGUGACAGAGACGCAUCAGGUGGCCGGGGAGAGACAAAGGACAACGGACAGGAAGAACAAAAGUGGAGAGAGAGGGAGGAGAGGGAGGAGGAGAUAUAGACCAGUGCACAGUAGAGUGAGAUAGAAAUUUUUUUUUGGAUACAGUGCUUAAACGACUACUAGUCAGAAGGAAGUAUUGGUGGAAUUCCUUUUGCUCAAGGCCGGGGAGCUCUUGAGCUUAGUUUCGGCUGCCCCUCUACCUGACCCCUCUGUCCGUCCCGGCAGAUUCUGGGGCUGGAUCAAAGCCACAAUGAGGACAGACACACAGAUUGCUGUAGAGAGUACCAGACCCCUCAACCCUCAGAGACACCAAGUUGCUCAGCCCGGCAGACGCAGAAAAGCCAUGACCGCUCCAAAGACUCAGAAAGAGAAGCCCAAUAAAUGGAAGAAACCUUUGUUCACUACACUGUCAGUACUGGUGGUGCUUGGCAUACUGGCAGUGGCAGGAUACUUUAUCAAGGAACUGAUCGACAGCAAGUACUUCUUCUGCGUCAGGUCAGCGAAGUUCAUCCCCCUGGAGUUGGCCUGCGAUGGGAAGGCAGACUGCGCCGGGGGAGAGGACGAGCUUACCUGUGUGUCCAGCCUUACCGCCAACACCACCUUCCCAGUGCGACUGAUGACAACGAGCAAGGUCCUGCAGGUGUACAGCGAGCAGUCGGGGUGGAGGACAGUGUGCGCAGAGGACUGGAAAGAGCAGCACACUCAGACUGCAUGCCAGCAGCUAGGCUACACAAAAAAUCCCACCAGCUCUAAUGUCAAUGUCCAAACAUUGCCGUCCACUCUGAAGACAUCAUUCUGUGCAGUCGGAACCACUGCGGCCCUGACCAACUCUAUCCAGCAGGCUGUCAUAGACCGAAAAAGUUGCUCCUCUGGCUCAGUGAUCUCCCUCUCCUGUUCGGACUGCGGGGAGCCGGCCAGUCAGGACCGCAUCGUGGGCGGCACCGACACCGUCAUCCAGGACUGGCCCUGGCAGGUCAGCCUGCAGCAGAGCGGCCAGCACACCUGCGGCGGCUCUCUGGUGUCGACGCGCUGGGUCGUCACGGCAGCGCACUGCUUCUCUGGAAGUAAGAAGGAGGUGAGUCGGUGGCGUGUGGUGGCCGGCAGAACCUACAUGGGGUCGACGGGGGGCAUGUCAGUGGACAAGAUUAUCCUGAACGGAGAUUACAACGCUGCCCGAAACGACUAUGACAUGGCCAUGAUGCGGCUCACCCAGCCCUUCAGUGUUGGAGACACCCGCCGGCCCGUGUGUCUGCCCCCCCAGGACCUGAACUUACAGAACGGGGACCUUAUGGUAGUGACAGGAUGGGGCUACCUGGAGGAGAAAGGGUCAGUGUCUCCAGUGCUGCAGAAGGCCAGUGUCCCGCUCAUAGACAGGACCAGGUGCACUAGUCCCACUGUCUAUGGCUCCAUCAUCACUGACAGGAUGCUGUGUGCUGGGUACUUGGAAGGCCAGGUUGACGCAUGCCAGGGGGACAGUGGGGGACCCUUGGUGUACCUGUCCGGUCGGUGGCAGCUGGUGGGGGUUGUGAGUUGGGGGGUGGGCUGCGCCCGUAAGGACAGACCCGGUGUCUACAGCAACGUCGACAGCAUGCUCGGCUGGGUCCACACUGUCAUGGAGAAAAACCCCUGACCCCAGAGGCCAUUGGCCUGUUGAGGGAGGGAGGACGAGGAUGGUGUUUCUUUGCACUGAGGGGAAGACGAGGGAAAAAGAAGUCAUCGUAUCACUAUGUUGCCAAAGAUAUUGAAACACGUUCACACACGCACAGCAACAAAGACACACACACACACACACUCAAGCAUACAACAUUUAGCAACUCUCACGUAAUAUUCAUGAUACUGAAUCUUUUCUUGACAAUUUUGUAUCAUUGAUAUGAUUUAUAAAUAUCAGCUGUGUGUACAUGUUGGAUUCACAAAGUGCAGUUAUUAGCUAGCACUCAGGAUCACAGUCUGCAGUCAAAUGCAUGGAAGUCCUGCACAGGUUCUUUGGCAUAUCUCAGGGCCUCUGUUCCUCGGAAUGGACGAAAUAUGGGAGGGGAAACAAUCCCCCCCUGUGUCUUGCUUUAAAUGAAGCUCAAAAGAACUGUACUUCAUGAUGAAAUAUUUUAUAUCUUUAGGCAUUAAUGCAAUGCAACAUACAGUCAUGUCUGGACUAGUAUUUCACUGUUGCUCCAGUUGUUGGAUGUCGUCUGGCAGAUGAGCGCCAUUGAGCUAGGGCUUGGGGCACUUUAAUGAGAGCUUUGUUCAGGUCUCCCUAUUACAUCCAUUGUCUGCAAAUCAGAUGCAGUUUUCUGGUUCCUUCCUUUUUUUUAACUAAGCAGCUGUCCUUCCAGUCUUUUUCACAUGAUCAGUGUGUUCUUUGGAUCUCUGAGUGCACACGGAGGAGAGAUUUUGCUGUGCCAUUAAGAAUUGUCUGUAUUGAUAAUGACCUCUUACAAUUUUACUGUAUCUUUGUAAAUAAUGUACAGGG